AUGAACUUCAAGCAGAUGAACUCUUGGUUACCACAAUCAUGCAAGACUGGUUCAGGAUCAUGGCCUCGACCUCCUCAAGAUUCGGGAUAUGCAAGUGGUCCAAACGAUCCUUUCGAGGUCGCGUUCCAAUCCCACUUCCCUGUCGAUACACGGUCAUAUGCACCCGACCAUUACAGUACACUUGAGCAACAAAUACGACCUGCGUAUACGCACGUCACCUCGCAGGCAGAGCUUGCAAGACCCCAGCUACGCCACCAACAAUCAAUGCCUGUCUUACCGUAUACAUACCAGCACUACGAAACAUACGAAAGUCUCGACGCACGCUUGAGUAAACUGUCUGUGGAUGCUGGCAUCAAUACACUGACAGGCUACUGCGACAUCGACUCCAUGCUCACCGCGGCACAUGACAGUACUUGCACCACACAAUCUGAGCGUUUCCAGUCGUUCGCAUCCCAACACACAUCUCCAACACGCGUUCCUCAGCCUGUAGCCCCUGGACCUCUGACACCACCUCCUCUCAUCAGGGAACCCGCUUUUCCUGAGCUCGAAAUUUCUCCUGUCUUGGCUACAGAACCUUUUGAAUCCCCAAGGAAGACCAGCAGAGGCCGUCGCCGUGGUCGCUCGACACAUACAGACAUUGAGCGACGGUAUCGCCAUAAUCUCAUGGCUCAAUUUCGGAAGCUCACAAGCGCCAUCCCGUAUAUCCCUACCCAACAGCCAUCACGAGCUGGUCGAAAUCCCAAACCCAGCAAGGCGGAGGUUCUGCUUGCCGCUUGUGAUCAUAUCAGGCAGCUUGAGAACGAAGUCGCACAGCUGCGGAUUGUGAUAGGUUGCGACUUGAGUCCAAGAAGGAAAGCUGCAAUCAGCCCGAAUUAG